ACUUCAUCCAAGUCAGGAUCGUUAUCCUUCCUAUUGGUAGUCUACACAGCCUGUCCUAGCCUCGUGUUGGCUGAUGGCAAAUAUGUGAAUGCCACCCUCUCGCAUAUCUUGUCUGAAAUCCGCAGAAGUCCAAUCGGAAUGGGUUCGCCGUCAUGUAUUUCAACUACCUCCUGGUCGCUGGCGCACUUUCCACUCUACGGUAUCUCCCAAGGGCAGCAACAUCGUCCAUCUCGAAUACCACAUGGGAUUACAUAGUAGUUGGCGGUGGCGCCUCUGGUAUCCCUCUUGCGGACAAACUCUCCGAAAGUGGUAAAAGCGUCCUGCUCCUUGAGCGAGGCUUUGCAUCCUCCUACCGCUGGGGUGGAAAGCUCCGGCCAAAAUGGCUUGAAGGCAGCAAUCUCACGCGCUUCGACGUACCGGCAUUGUACCAGUACAUAUGGGCGAACCCUACCGAAGCGGCAGGCGCCAACGUACUCUGCUCAGACUACGUAGCAACCGCCAGUUGCGUCCUUGGAGGCGGCACGGCUAUCAACGCAGGCUUGUGGUGGAAGCCUGGAAGUGGUGACUGGGACACCAUCAUACCCGCUGGCUGGAAAUCUGCCAAGAUGAGAGCACCGACCGAGGAGGUGUUCGCUCGUCUCCCAGGGACAGAGAGACCAUCGUCGGACGGGGGAUUGUAUCUGCAGAAAGGCGCAGAUAUCCUCAAGAAAGCACUUACAUCCGCGGACCCACCGUAUGAGCUUAAAAAGGCGAACGACUUCCCAAACUCCAAGGACCGCACUGUUUCGAACGCUGAGCACUUCUUUAUGCAUGGCGAGAGAGGCGGAGUAAUGGAGACCUUCCUAGUGAGCGCUAGUGAACGAGAGAACUUCAAGCUACAGCUAGACACAACCGUCAAUCGUGUCAUUCGACAAGGCAAGAAAAUCACUGGGGUCCAAGUCGCAACCUCGGGCUGGUCAGGAACCAUCAACGUCACGCCCAAUACCGGCGAAGUCAUCCUCUCCACUGGCGUCUUCGGCACCAGCAAGAUACUCUUCCGCAGUGGGAGCCCAGACGGCGUCAACAUGGUCGACGAGGCUGACUGGAUCGACCUCCCCGUCGGCCACAACCUCGACGAUAACCCCAGCAUCUACGGCAUCAUCAUAGCCCUAGACGUCGACACCUACGACUACGUCGGCGCUUUCGACACGCCCGUUCCAGAAGACGCCGCGGAGUAUCUCACCAAUCGCUCAGCCCCCCUUGCCCAAAUCGAACCUCCCUUGAAUCCCUUCUGGUGGGACAGCGUCACUGGCACGGACGGCAUAGCGCGGGAAAUCCAGUGGUCUACUAUCAGCGGCCAAUUGAACGGCACGACCGGUAUGGUGCUCACUGCCUCGCUGGGGCGCAGCAAGACGUCUCGUGGCCGUCUUGGGCUUUCUCUCGACCCCUCUACUCCUUUGACCGUUAAUGUGACGCAAGUCCCCUACUUCAAUGACGACUCCGGCGCUGACUUCACGGCCGUCGUCUCCUCCUUCGAGAAUGCUCUUAAGAUCGUGGGAGGGAUACCGAACGUGAUAGUCGUGAUGCUCGCGGAGGGGCAAAAUGUCGCGGAGUACCUGCAGGAGAACUUCCCGCCGAAUAUGGCGCUGAACUCGAAUCAUUGGGUUGGAAGUACGAAGAUGGGGGAGCAGUGCCGCAAGGGUGUUGUUGUGGAUGGUGAGACGAGGGUUUGUGGGGUUGAGGGCUUACAUAUUGUGGAUGCCGGGAUUGUUGGGGGUGUUCCGGCGGCGAAUCUGCAGGGGGUGUUUGUGGCUGUGGCGGUGAGGGCUGGGGAGAGGAUUCUGAAGUUGGAUGGGGGGUAUGGGGGGUGA